AUGUGUGUUUCGUUGUUAGUUUUGGUGGCGACGUUGUCAAUUUGGAGUGUUGAUCCAGACUCAGCGAUGGGUCUAUAUAUAGCGCAUAGGAAUUUAAUCGCACGACAAAACACGGAUUUGGCAAGACGCAUAACGAACGCAUUCGAUGUUCACAUCAAAUAUCCAUACAUUUGGUUUUCAUGGCUUUUAUUACCGGUUAUCUUGAUUGCGGUGCUCGUUUCAAUCACUGGAAUUAUGCUCAUAUCUGGCAUUCAAACAACUUUCAUAAAAUGCGUAAACGUUGCGUUGCAUGCGGCUUUGCUACUUUCCGUGACACCGCUACUGGCUGAAAUGAUGAUUUUUUGGAUUGAUUUAGAUAUUCCUGCAGCCUUUAAG